CAGGGGAUUGGGCAAUAGUGUUGGCAAACAAUGUCACUAUCAGUUAUUCAUCCAGCCUAUAUUUGCAUAGGAACCAACACCUCAGCUAGGGAAAUUUUAUUUUGAUUUCUGAUUAAAAAAAAAAGCCAAACAGACUUUUAACGAAAACACCCUACACAUAGCAGUCAACUCGUUAACCAAAUAAAAUUCCGUCAGUCUCGCUAGAAAUUGUUACGGGUAAAGUUAAAACAGAGCCCUACAGCGGGAGAGUGUUGUUCCAAAAUUAAGUUGAGUCCAUUGGAGCGUCCAGAUAGCUAUGAUGGCCAGCUGCGAUGUGCAGUCUUCUCCCUCCCAGGAGGAGUUAAAGCAGAAAGAAACAAUCAAGAAUGUUAAAAAUUCGGAGGAACGUGACCAAGCCAAAGCCAGUUCCCAAGAUGAAAUGACAGCGGCUGUGGCUUUGGCUGCAGCGGCGGCCAUUGAAACGGAUCCGUCGCCCAUAUCGGAGGGUGAGGUGCGAUCCGUCAGUUCUACCGCAAAAAUGACCAAAAUUCCUGGACCGGUACUGCCGGGACCCAGCGGAAGUUUCAUCCAGACUACCAAACGCCACUACAGCAGCGUCCUGCGCCUGGCCAAGAGCCACACCUCGGUGGCAAGUGGAAAAGAUCUAGAACGCGAUCAGAAUCGAAGCAACGGUUCUGGCCAGAACACCACCGAUGAUUCCGGCAUAAACAUGGAGUUUUCAAUAAGUGACGUGGAGCCGUCGUGCUCCGGGGAAAGUGGUCCCAUACUGGAGACAAUUCUCCAAGCGAUUCCGACCACCACCAGUGAACUGGAAAUGGAGCUAGCCGAGCAGCAAACUCUAAAGGAACUUCAACGUGUGGUCGCUGAAAUGGAGGCCGAAGUGGCCCUAGACGAUCUAGAGGAAAUGCAGAAAGAUGAAACGCAUUCAGAUGAACAACCAAUCUUCGAGGUACUGCCAGAGGUGGAGGCGGCAGUCGAAGAGGCCAACCAGGAGGGUAUCCAGAACUCUUUGGGAUAUGCCGAGCUCAAGUCACUGCACGAGCCAGAUCCUGGAGCAGCCGAGGAGGCAUCGAAGGAAUCAGUGAAGUUGGAGGAGUUCAAGCCAUCGCAGGACUUGUUUGAGCAGUUGGACUCGGAAGCUUCCACCGAGAAACCAACGACCUCUGGAGGAGGAGCCCCUCCAAAAUCCUUUAUCGAGGAGCAAUUGCAAAAGUCAGUGGAGGAGUCGAUUGUGGAUCCCUGCCUGGAGCGGGCAAAACAGCUAAUCGAAGAGCUGCAAGUGGCUUUGCGGGCUGCACCCGAAACUGACGAGGAGAAGUUCAAACGUGAACAAUUGGAGAACUCUGAUCCGGCAAGCCCAGCCGGAUUCCUGGGCCAGAAGUUCCCCCACCAGGUACAGGCAGAUGGAGCCACUGAAGUUGUGCCUGAAGUGGCAUCGACGGAGGUUGCGGAUGAGGACCUGUCCGCGACCUCGGAGGUGGCCUUGGUGGAGCGCCCAUCGCAGGUCAGCCACAUGGAUGGAUCAGUAGGCAGUGACCGCCGGAUGGUGAGCCUGGAGCAGCUGCUCGAUGCCGAACGUAAUGUGGAGCUGCUGCGUCAACUACUCCAGGGUGGACCCGAUGUGGAUGAAGCUGCAUCCGAUAUGAUCACCGAUACGGAGGCAUACAGUGAGGAGACGGAUUCCAUCGCGACUGAAGAGGACGACGACGAGGACGAAAACGAAAAUGAAAUUGUAACCGGGGACGAGGUGGCAUCCGAAAACACGGAGGAGGAAAUGAUGAAGGCUGAUUCCGAAACUGAAAAACCAUCCAGCUACCUCUUCGCCAUGAUGCAACGUCUCGCAGGAAAUAAGAUGGCCCGAAUCAGCUACCCCUUGCUGUUUUGUGGCCUGGCAAUCAGUUUGAUCUAUCUCUCGCGCAAGGUUUAAAACCUUUAAGGCUUUAAGUAAAACGCAACCUGACAUUCUUCAGUUCCGCACUUAAUACUACGACCAAUCGAACACAUCAAAAUCGCACGAACUUAUUAGCGUUGGGUUGCUCAAAAUAUAUCUAUUUUUUAAAUAAAAUUCAAAAUUAAACCAAAA